AUGUGGCUCCUUAACGUCGACACGUUCGGCUUCACGGAGUACUUCGGGACGAUCCCCCCGCCUUAUGCGAUCGCGUCGCAUCGCUGGACGGCGGGCGCCGAGGCGAUGUGGGAGGAUGUGCACGAGAUGAAGAAGACAGACACGGUGGGCUAUCGCAAGGUGCAAGGCUUUGUGGCGUACCUCAAGGCUCAUUUGCCACUCAUCAAAUGGCUGUGGAUCGACACGUGCUGCAUCAAGCAGCAUGCCGAUCGCGAGCUGUCGACGGCGAUCAACUCGAUGUUUCAAUGGUACCGCGACGCGGAGGUGUGUCUGGCGUAUCUGGAGGACGUCCCCAGCGUGAGCGACCGGGCCGCCUUCGAGCAGAGCGUGUGGUUCCGGCGCGGGUGGACGUUGCAAGAGCUAGUGGCGCCGAGCGUGGUGAUCUUCCUCUCGCGCGACUGGGGGAUAAUUGGACACAAAGGGCACAGCAGUCGGGGCCGAAGCGGGAUGUCGAUGCAGACCGGCGCAGCGCUAGAAGAUGUCGUUUCCGCUGUCACAGCGAUACCCAGAGAGGUUUUGCAUGAUUAUCGAGAAAGCGAGAGCCUCACAACGGAGGAGAAGAUGCGGUAG